AUGCACCGCUACUAUUCGUUGAAGGGGAGGGUGGGCCUCCUUGUUUCUUUGCUGCUGCUGUGUGCGGCAGCAGCAGCAGCUGCUGCUGCAGUCACAGAGACCACCAAAGUUAACGAGCCAGAGCCUGCAGACGGAGCUGCUGUCACUGUGGCCGCUGAUUCAGAUAUUUCCGCUGGAGAGAAGAGGACCCCUCCGCGCAAGAGGCAGACUCGUUCUAAGGCUUCGAAGGCAGUAGAUACUUCUUCUUUGACGUCUGCUAUCAGCGACACACCAACAGAUGCAGCAGCACCAACAGCAGAAGUAGAAGUAGCCGAAACAGCAGAAGCAGGAGAUUCUUCUCUUCCUUUGCCUCCCGAGAUCCCAGAUGAAGAUCAAGACGAGCUAGGCUCAGACAGGCUUUCAUUAGAUGGGGGAAGGCUCCAGCUGCGUUUGCCUGAUGGCACACCUGUAGGGAGUUUAGAAAUACCUGUUCUUGACCGUCAUCGCCGCAAGCUAACAGGGUUAAAGACGCUUACAACAGGUUUGGUGCUGUUCUUAAUUCUUCUUGUUACGAGGCAGUCAGGGCCCCUUACGCUGGCCGAGCAGACAGCUAUGACGAUGGCUUUUGUAGGGCUUGUGAGGUUUCUGCAAUCGCUGUUCAGCGAGCAAGGAGAGUUUCAAUUUAAGGUGUCUGUACAGCCCGGAGAUCUCAAAGACGAGCUCGUGGGGGAGGUAGAGUAUGGAGGCCUAGCAGAUGCAAAGCGCUCUCUGCAACAGCGUCUACAGAAAUGGAUGCAGACAUUAUAUAUUGCUGUUCCGACAUUCUUCCUUGUUUCAGGGUUCUUUAUGACUCUCGGCUUUCAUCUUGCUACUGGUUUAAUGCUAGGGCUUAUAUUCUUCAUUUUAGGGGGUCUAGCUUCCCUCAUUGGCGGCGCAGGAGGUGCAUUUGCAGACCUUAUACGCAGCUUCUAA